AUGGCCCUGGCGGACUCUGGUGCGGACCUCUCUACUCUCCCUCGGACUCGAUGGCACUACCGCUGCGCACCCGCGGAGACGCCGUCGCAUCCGGGCGGGGUGAGCGAAGAGUUCUGGGAGCGCAGCCGGCAGCGUGAGCGGGAGCGCCGCGAGCAGGGCGUCUUCGCCUCCUCCAAGGAUGACAGGGAGCGCCGGCGCGAGCGCGGGCGCGACAGGGACCACGACCACGACCGGCAGCGGGAGCGCGAGGAGCGAGACAGGAGCCACCACGGCAGUAGCCGGUCGGAGCGGGAUGGCUGGUCUGAGAGGAGUGGCAGCAGGAGGAGCGAGCCAGAGAGCCCCAGGCAUCGGCCCAAAGAUGCUGCCACGCCGUCCUGCUCGAGCUGGGAGGAAGAUGAUAGUGGCUACGGCACCUCGCGCCGCUCGCACUGGGAGUCGCCUUCACCUGCACCUUCCUGCCGGGAUCGGGGCCACCGCACGCCCUCCUCGCGGGACACGGACAGGAGGGAUCGGGAAAGGUCUGUUAGGAGCAAGUACCCAGACAGGACACCGCUUCCUACUCCUUCGUAUAAGUAUAACGAGUGGGCAGACGAUCGGAAGCACCUGGGCUCCACACCGCGGCUGUCCCGGGGGAAAGGGAGGCGUGAGGACGGGGAGGAAGGGAUUGCCUUCGAGACUGAGGAGGAGCGACAGCAGUGGGAGGCUGACCAGCGGCAAGCCGACCGGGAUUGGUACAUGAUGGACGAGGGCUACGAUGAGUUCCACAACCCCCUGGCCUACUCAUCAGAGGAGUAUGUGCGGAAGCGGGAGCAGCACCUUACCAAGCAGAAGCAGAAGCGCAUUUCUGCACAGCGGAGGCAGAUCAAUGAGGAUAACGAGCGCUGGGAAACCAACCGCAUGCUGACGAGUGGUGUGGUCCAUCGGCUUGAGGUGGAUGAGGACUUCGAGGAAGACAACGCAGCCAAGGUGCACCUGUUGGUUCACAACCUGGUGCCCCCAUUUCUGGACGGCAGGAUUGUCUUCACCAAGCAGCCGGAGCCAGUCAUCCCGGUCAAGGAUGCCACGUCAGACUUGGCAAUCAUCGCCCGCAAAGGCAGCCAGCUGGUGCGCAAGCACAGGGAGCAGAAAGAGCGCAAGAAGGCUCAGCACAAGCACUGGGAGCUGGCGGGCACCAAGCUGGGAGAUAUCAUGGGCAUCAAGAAGGAGGAGGAGCAGGACCAGGCUGUGGCGGAAGAUGGCAGAGUAGAUUACAGGACAGAGCAGAAGUUUGCUGAGCACGUGAAAGAAAAGAGUGAGGCGAGCAGUGAGUUUGCCAAGAAGAAGUCAAUCCUGGAGCAGCGGCAGUACUUGCCCAUCUUCGCUGUGCAGCAGGAGCUGCUCACCGUUAUCAGGGACAACAGCAUCGUGAUUGUGGUGGGGGAGACUGGGAGCGGGAAAACCACACAGCUGACCCAGUAUCUGCACGAGGACGGCUACACCGACUACGGCAUGAUUGGCUGCACCCAGCCUCGCAGAGUGGCAGCCAUGUCCGUUGCCAAACGUGUCAGUGAGGAGAUGGGGGGGCGCCUCGGGGAGGAGGUGGGCUACGCCAUCCGCUUUGAGGACUGCACAUCAGAGAGCACAGUCAUCAAGUACAUGACUGAUGGGAUCCUACUGCGCGAGUCACUGCGUGAGGCUGACCUAGACCACUACAGUGCCAUCAUCAUGGAUGAAGCACACGAGCGCUCACUCAGCACUGAUGUGCUCUUUGGGCUGCUGAGGGAGGUGGUGGCCCGGCGCUCUGACCUGAAGCUCAUCGUCACCUCGGCCACCAUGGACGCUGACAAGUUUGCCUCGUUCUUUGGGAAUGUUCCCAUCUUCCACAUUCCAGGCCGCACCUUCCCUGUUGACAUCCUCUUCAGCAAGACCCCGCAGGAGGACUAUGUGGAGGCUGCAGUGAAGCAGGCGCUGCAGGUGCAUCUGUCUGGGGCCCCUGGAGACAUCCUGGUCUUCAUGCCCGGGCAGGAGGACAUUGAGGUGACCUCUGAGCAGAUUGUGGAGCACCUGGAGGAGCUGGAGAAAGCACCAGCUCUCGCUGUGCUGCCCAUCUACUCCCAGCUGCCCUCUGACCUGCAGGCCAAGAUCUUCCAGAAGGCUCCCGAUGGGGUUCGCAAAUGCAUUGUGGCUACUAACAUUGCUGAGACCUCACUGACAGUGGAUGGCAUCAUGUUUGUCAUUGACUCUGGUUACUGCAAGCUGAAGGUUUUCAACCCCCGCAUCGGGAUGGAUGCCCUGCAGAUCUACCCCAUCAGCCAGGCCAAUGCCAAUCAGCGGGCAGGCCGUGCUGGCCGGACGGGCCCAGGUCAGUGCUUCAGGCUCUACACGCAGAGCGCCUACAAGAACGAGCUGCUGCCCACCACGGUACCUGAGAUCCAGCGCACCAACCUGGCCAACGUGGUGCUGCUGCUUACAUCGCUGGGCGUGCAGGACCUGCUGCAGUUCCACUUCAUGGACCCGCCGCCUGAGGACAACAUGCUCAACUCCAUGUACCAGCUUUGGAUCCUGGGCGCCCUGGACAACACCGGUGGCCUGACCCCCACAGGGCGCCUCAUGGUGGAGUUCCCGCUGGACCCGGCACUCUCCAAGAUGCUCAUAGUCUCCUGCGACAUGGGCUGCAGCUCUGAGAUCCUGCUCAUUGUCUCCAUGCUCUCUGUGCCCGCCAUCUUCUACCGGCCCAAGGGCCGGGAGGAGGAGAGCGACCAGGUGCGGGAGAAGUUUGCUGUCCCGGAGAGCGACCACCUGACCUACCUGAACGUCUACCUGCAGUGGAAGAACAACGGCUACUCCACGCUAUGGUGCAACCAGCACUUCAUUCAUGCCAAGGCCAUGCGCAAGGUGCGGGAGGUACGGGCCCAGCUGAAGGACAUCAUGGUGCAGCAGCGCAUGAGCCUGGCCUCCUGCGGCACCGACUGGGACAUCGUGCGCAAGUGCAUCUGCGCUGCCUACUUCCACCAGGCAGCCAAGCUGAAGGGCAUUGGGGAGUACGUGAACAUCCGCACGGGGAUGCCAUGCCACCUGCAUCCCACCAGCUCCCUCUUUGGCAUGGGCUACACACCCGACUACAUUGUCUACCAUGAGCUGGUGAUGACCACCAAGGAAUACAUGCAAUGUGUCACGGCUGUUGACGGGGAGUGGCUGGCAGAGCUGGGGCCCAUGUUCUACAGCAUCAAACAUGCUGGCAAAUCACGCCAGGAGAACCGUCGCCGGGCCAAGGAGGAGGCGUCUGCCAUGGAGGAGGAGAUGGCACUGGCUGAGGAGCAGCUCCGCGCGCGCCGGGAAGAACAGGAGCGCCGCAACCCCCUGGGCAGUCUGAGGUCGGUGAAGAUCUAUACCCCUGGGCGCAAGGAGCAGGGGGAGCCCAUGACCCCACGACGGACUCCGGCCCGCUUCGGCCUGUAGUGCCCGGUGGCCACAUUCUGCGGGCACUGGCUGCCCUGAGGGCUCCAGGGCUGUGUGGGCCCUGCCCGUGGACUGUGCGCCCAGCGCUGGUCACCCCAGUGCCUGGCACCACUUUGAUACAGAAGGGAGACGUGUUCAUUUGUAAAUAUG